GCGAAACAUCGCGCAGGUUGCCAACAGAGUCGACACUAGAACUCUCUACUCCCUAUGCUUAUAUAGUAUAGUAAAAGAAAUAAAAGCGAGAGGCAAACAAACAAAUCAAUUCAUUCAAACGCAAACGCGAACGCGAAACGAGACACCACAACACACACACUUAAGCAACACUAGGACUACAGCAUGUCUGCGAAAGCGAUCACUGAAGCCAGCGGAAAGGAUGUACUGAACCGCCAUCUGAAUCAGAACGGCGCCGGCGCAGCCACCUGUCGAUUUGCCACAGUCAAUGCUGAAACCGAUUGGUCCAAGUUGAGCGUCGAUCAGCCCUGGUUGGUGAGCACGCCACUUGUGGUCAAGCCUGAUCAGCUGAUUAAGCGACGCGGCAAACUUGGCCUCAUUGGCGUCAAGAAGACCUUUGAGCAGGUGAAGCAAUGGAUCGGAGAACGCCUCAACAAGGAUCAGAAGAUUGGCAAUGCGGUGGGCAAACUGCGAAACUUUAUCAUCGAGCCCUUCAUUCCCCACACAGAGGCCGAGGAGAUGUACGUGUGCAUCUAUUCGCAUCGCUCUGCGGACACGAUCCUGUUUUAUCAUCAGGGCGGAGUUGACAUUGGCGAUGUGGAUGCCAAGGCUGUCAAGCUCGACGUUCCCGUCGACAGUGAAUUGUCGCUGGUCGAUGUGAAGACAACGCUGCUCAAGGCGAUCACAGAUGCUGCGACUAAGGAGCGCAUUGCCAAGUUCGUCUUUGCGCUAUACAAGACAUUUGCCGAUUUGUAUUUCACGUAUCUGGAGAUCAAUCCCCUUGUGGUGACUGCAGAUAAUUUGUAUAUAUUGGAUUUGGCAGCCAAGCUGGACUCGACUGCCGACUUCAUAUGCCGUCCCAAGUGGGGUGAAAUUGAUUAUCCACCACCAUUUGGUCGCGAUGCCUUCCCCGAGGAAGCCUACAUUGCCGAUCUAGAUGCAAAGAGCGGCGCCUCACUCAAACUCACGAUUUUGAAUAGAAAUGGCCGUAUUUGGACCAUGGUUGCUGGAGGUGGUGCCAGUGUCAUUUACUCCGAUACGAUUUGCGAUCUUGGCGGCGCCGCAGAGUUGGCCAACUAUGGCGAAUACAGUGGAGCACCAUCGGAGCAGCAGACGUAUGAGUACGCUAAAACCAUACUUAACCUGAUGACCUCGUCGCCCAAACACCCAGAUGGCAAGGUGCUGAUUACCGGUGGCGGCAUUGCCAAUUUUACCAAUGUCGCUUCGACCUUCCAAGGCAUCAUCACCGCACUCAGUGAGUUCCAACCCAAGCUGGUCGAACAUAAUGUCUCGAUCUUUGUGCGCCGUGCUGGCCCCAAUUAUCAGGAGGGAUUGCGUCGCAUGCGUGACUUUGGCAGCACUCUCGGCAUUCCUUUGCAUGUCUUUGGCCCCGAGACACACAUGACCUCCAUUUGCGGCAUGGCUCUGGGCAAGCGACCCAUUCCACAGGCGGCCAGCGUUGAGUUCUCCACGGCUAACUUUUUGUUGCCGGGCGGACAGCAAGCGCAGGCUGACUUGAAGGAAGCCAGUGAUGCUGACGCUCUGGGCUCCGCGUUGGGCUCGAAAACAGCACAAUCGAUUAAACUCCCACCUAUCUCGGCAGAUGAGAGCGAUGGAGUUGCCGCCACCAAUAAUCACCAGCAGAACAGCGCAAGCAAUGGGUCGAACUUGAAUAGAAAGUUCUUCUCAAACACAACCAAAGCCAUCGUCUGGGGCAUGCAACAGCGUGCAGUGCAAUCUAUGCUGGACUUUGACUUCAUCUGCAGACGCGAUGAACCUUCGGUGGUGGCCAUGGUUUAUCCAUUCACUGGCGAUCACAAGCAGAAGUACUACUGGGGACACAAGGAGAUACUUAUUCCCGUCUACAAGAAGAUGUCCGAUGCCAUACAUAAGCACAAAGAGGUCGACGUCAUGGUCAACUUUGCCUCGUUGCGUUCCGCCUAUGAUUCCACUUUGGAAGUGCUUGACUUCCCACAAAUACGCACGGUUGCCAUCAUUGCCGAGGGUAUUCCCGAGAACAUGACACGCAAGCUGAUUGUGGAGGCCAACAAGAAGGGAGUCGCCAUCAUUGGACCCGCUACUGUCGGUGGCGUGAAACCAGGUUGCUUCAAGAUUGGUAACACCGGUGGUAUGCUGGACAACAUACUCCACUCCAAGCUCUACCGUCCAGGCAGUGUGGCGUAUGUUUCCCGCUCAGGUGGCAUGUCGAAUGAGUUGAACAAUAUCAUCUCGAAGGCAACGGAUGGCGUCAUUGAAGGCAUUGCCAUUGGUGGCGAUAGAUAUCCCGGCUCCACCUUCAUGGAUCACAUUCUGCGCUAUCAGGCCGAUCCCGAGACGAAGCUUAUAGUGUUGCUGGGUGAAGUGGGUGGCAACGAGGAGUACGAUGUGUGCGCUGCGCUCAAGGAUAAUCGCAUCACAAAGCCACUGGUCGCCUGGUGCAUUGGCACAUGCGCCAGCAUGUUUACCUCAGAGGUGCAGUUCGGUCAUGCCGGUUCGUGUGCCAACUCAGAUCGCGAAACCGCCACGGCAAAGAACAAGGCACUGCGCGAAGCUGGUGCCUAUGUGCCGGAAUCCUUCGAUAAUCUAGGCGAGCUGAUCCAUCAGGUGUACAGCGAGCUGGUGAAGACCGGCCGCAUUGUGCCACGCGAGGAAGUGCCACCACCAACAGUACCCAUGGAUUAUUCGUGGGCUCGUGAACUGGGACUCAUUCGCAAGCCAGCCUCAUUCAUGACCUCAAUUUGUGACGAGCGUGGCCAGGAGCUGAUGUACGCUGGCAUGCCCAUCAGUGAGGUGCUCAACAAAGAUGUGGGCAUCGGUGGUGUCAUCUCGCUGCUGUGGUUCCAGCGUUGUCUACCCUCGUAUGUGUGCAAGUUCUUCGAAAUGUGCCUGAUGGUCACGGCUGAUCAUGGUCCAGCUGUCUCUGGCGCCCACAAUACCAUUGUGUGUGCUCGUGCUGGCAAGGAUCUGGUCUCCUCAGUCGUCAGCGGUCUGUUGACCAUCGGUGAUCGGUUUGGUGGCGCUCUGGAUGGUUCUGCCAGGCAAUUCUCAGAGGCCUACGACACCAACUUGCAUCCCAUGGAGUUUGUUAACAAAAUGCGCAAGGAGGGCAAACUCAUCUUGGGCAUUGGACAUCGCGUCAAGUCCAUCAACAAUCCCGAUGUGCGUGUCAAGAUUAUCAAGGAGUUCGUCCUGGAGAACUUCCCACAGUGUCCGCUGCUCAAGUACGCGUUGGAGGUGGAGAAGAUCACCACCAACAAGAAGCCAAAUUUAAUUUUGAAUGUCGAUGGUGUGAUUGCUACAGCCUUUGUCGAUAUGCUGCGCAACAGCGGUUCAUUCACAAGUGAGGAGGCACAGGAGUACAUCAAUGUGGGCGCUAUUAACUCACUGUUCGUGCUGGGUCGUAGCAUAGGCUUCAUUGGUCAUUAUAUGGAUCAAAAGCGACUCAAACAGGGCCUUUACCGUCAUCCAUGGGACGACAUUUCUUAUGUCAUACCCGAGCAAUACAACUAAGGAGCCGAGCUUGUCCAUUGAUAUUACAAAUUGUUGGAUGUUGUUGUAGUUAAGCACAGAUGUUAACCAACUGCUUGUGGCGAGCAUGGAUAGAUAUGUAUAUGGCCAUGGCAUGUUCCACAAAACGAACACACAAAACACACUCCAUUAGCUGUGUAGUUGAGUUUAUAUUCUUCU